AUGGAACCUACAACACCAACAACAUCGACCUCUGUAAAAUGGACAUUAUUAACUUUAGAGAAUCUAGAGGAGAUAUUGGAAGUGAAUACUAAAUCAUUCACUCAAGAUCCAUAUCUAAACUAUAUGUUCCAUGAGAUCGAUGUAGCCGAGCGUCUACCGUUUAUCAAAGCAAUCCAGAAGGCAUUCAUCAAGCAAACGAUCGGAUCGAAUCAGAGCUACUGCUUGGGAGACAUCACCAUCGACGGAAUCAAAUCACUCGUUCUAAUGUUACCACCUAGAGUACCAUGGCCAGAGGAUCUCUGGGAUAUCUACACCAAGAAACAAGAGAAACUUCUAUUGGAUCGUGGACUGACUGUUACUUACGAAAGAUUCAUUGCAUUAGAAGAAUAUUUUUCAGAGAGAUUCGCUCAUUAUGAUUCGAUUGAAGGUUACUAUUUGUUGAUUCUUUCAACCGAUGAGAAGUACAGAGGUCAGGGAUUGGCAACCAAGAUUAUGGAGGUAUUGUUUGAGAAGCUGGAUAGCGAACAAAAGACAUGUUAUCUAGAGUGUACCAGUGCCAAGUUGGUUCCAUUCUACUCGAAGUUGGGAUUCACUGCUCUCGAAAAGGAUAAACUACCACUGGUACCAGCUGAUAUCAACCCUGAUCUUGUACCGAGUGUUACUUUCUUCAGAAGAACUCCAAAACCAAUAACAACACCAACACCAACAUCAUCAUUUAUAUCAUCAUCAACAUCAUAA